UGAAGGAGCUGUCCAUUCAGCACCACUAAAAGCCUCAUGUGACCCUUUGGGCAAAACAAUAAAUAAAUAAAUGCACUGCUGAUAAUUCAUCAAGGAACAGCUGCUUUUCACUGGGAGUCACAGCUCCGUGUGUCAAAUAAAUCCUGCAGAUCUGAGGCACUUGGUGGCAGCUGCACUUGUGAAGCAGGCGGACAUACGUAGAGAAGACUGAGACUUUGAGUCAGUGACGCCGAGCUGCACAACAACAAGCCUCUCCUUCAGCUUCCACACUUGACUACAUCCUCAAUUCGUACUCGAGCGAGCUGCAUUUUUUUCUUUGCACGCUGCAAAGAGAAGCUCUGCGUCCUCCAGGCACCGCGAUCCGUCAUGAACUCUGGAAGCAGGCACUGAGACGAGACAGAGAUGCUGAUGUCUGGGACGCUCCAUCGCCUCCUCCUGGCUGGGACCUGUCUCUGUGUCUGCGGGACCCCUGUCCGCCUCCUCAACUUCACCCCCACGCAGGACUGUGACGGGCAGUGCGCCAGCUCAGGAGCAACUGUCGGGUCAACGCACCCUACAGAUGUAAAGUCUGAACCCUCAGAUGCAGAACAUGAUGUGACUGGCCUGAUAUUGAAUGUAGGUGCGGGAGGAGGGGCUGGCCCACAUGGACGACCUGAGGGGAUAGCUCCAGUGACGCAGACGGAAAACGGGGACAGCCUUGAUGGAAGAUCUGGGCCGAGCGAGGCUGGUGGAGAGGCAUGGAGCCAAAGGAGCGGGGGAAAGAAGGUCGGGAGCACAUCUGAGAUGGGCGACGCUCAAAGUCAGUCAGAGACAGCUUCGUCUGUUGAUCCAGAAGGUAUAAAGGAGGACGUACCUGCCAUCAGCCAGCCAACAGGUGGGAGAAGACACUUGGACCUGGCCCUGAGCACCACAAGGUUGACGCCAGAUGGAUUUGUCGCCUCCUCCACAGCACCACAGCUGAGCAUCUCCACCAGGGAGGGAGAAGACCAAGGUGGAAUGAAGCUACCUGGUUAUAGUGAUUCUCUUCAGGAUAGAGACCCAGAAGCAAUCUCUACAGAACCUCCAAAUCCUGGAGCACAGAUCCAGAAACUGACCUCCCACAUCCCUCCCUUGUUCUUCAUCUCACCGCGGACCUCCACACACUUGUCGAUUUGGGGCCAUGAUGGAUCUACCUCCCUCCCAGAUCCCUUGUUACCUGAGAUCGGACCAAACCUGAUGCCCAGAGAGGAUGGACCUGAGAGCCUGUGGACUGAAGCGGCGAGGCCCAGUGGAGUGGACACCGUGGUCCCACCAUCUCAGGAUGAAGCCACGGAGAGCACCAUGUCAUCAGAGGCGCUCCCUCUCAUCUUCGAGCCUUUUGAAGAUGUCACACCAGAGGGGGCAGCAGCAGAGGCAGUGGCGGCGGUCACGCUGGUGCCCGGCAGUGCUCAGCCUCCUGCUGCCAUGGCAACCGGAGGAAUGCCUCAGUCAGAGGUGGACCUGGACCAGCUGGUCACCGUGGAGACAGACAGCGACGGUCCCUCGCAUGCCCCACCCCUGCUGAUGCCAGACUGGACGUCACCUUGGCAGACGUCCGGCGGGGAGCUGCUGGAGCCAAUCGGCUCAUCGGGUCCGUCUGUUUCACAGCGGCAAGCCGGAACUGAGGUGGAGGAUCACUCUGAGAGAGGUGCUGCGAGGACACUGAACCUUGAAGAGAACUUGCCCACCACCGGCCCCUCCUUCUCAUCCUUCCACCGUGCUAUGACAACGGUAACCAUGGCAACCCAUCAUCUGGUGCACAAAUCCAGAUCGGGGUUGGAGGAGAUGGAGUCUGAGGAGGAGCCCGAUGAAGACGAGGACGAUGAGAACUCUGAGGAAUCAGUGGAGGAUGAGAGUGAGGAGGACCUGACAGAAACACCCAAAACAUCCUCAACGCAGCCUCCGUACAGCCUCAUCCCUCCACCUCCUGUCUGGGUUCAACGCAACCAGGGGCUGAUGCGGAGCUGGGUAGAGCUGAUCAGAGAAAAGGCGGGUUAUGUGUCUGGGAUGUUGGCCCCUGUGGGCAUCGGCAUCACUGGGGCCCUGCUUAUCGUCGGCGCCCUCUACAGCAUCAGGAUGAUUCACCGCAAGAGGAGGAACAGCUUCAAACACCAGAGGAGGAAGCAACCUCGAGAGCCCGGGACCAGCCGCCAGGAUCAGGCCAUGCUGCUGGCCGACAGCUCCGAGGAUGAGUUCUGACGAGUCCCUUCUGGGCUCCUUUCGUCUGCGACCAAUGGCUGAUGCUCCUGUAAAGGAGGCUUGGCAAACACCCCCAUCGCUAUGACUACCGCAUCUCCAAUCACCCUGGGCUGUUUGGCUAUGACUCAUCUGAUCCACAGAGAGUGACUGGGUAUAGGCCACAAUUUGCACAGGCUGCACAAAGGUCAGCUUUGUAUUCCCCCCUUUCUAAAAGUACCAAUGUGAGCACUUUUCUGAAUGUUGUCAGGUGAUGUUGACUCUAAUGGCUUGGUGGGGCUGGCGCGAUGCACUCUGACAUAAAAAAAUAAUAUUGCUGCUUGUAAAAAAAGAAAUGCAUUAGCAGGGUAUUGGCAGGAUGAAAGUGUUGCUGGUAAAUUGAGGUCGAGUUGAGGGGAAAGUGUCGACCAGCCGGUUUUCUGUCAAGUAAUAAAAAAAGGGCUGUAGAAAAGUUACAUGACAUAAACGAUAACGAUGUAAAUAUAUGUACUGUACGUAGCUGACUUGGUGUCAGUCGUUUUAGUGUAAAUAAAGUUUUAUUUCUUGCUACACAGCUAGGAUAUUUAAAGGAAGUGUUCAACAUUGUGAAAAAUAUGCAUAUUUGCUUUGAUGCAUAUCCAGAUCAGCGCGUUAGCUGGGGCUAGCAGCUGGUUAGCUUCACUUAGCAUAAAGACUGGAGGGUGAACAGCUAGCUUCGCUCCCUCCAAAGGUAGAGACUUGCCUACCAGCAGCUCUAUAACUUUCGAAUGAACACAUUUGUUUAGCCUAUACAAGAAAUGUGUAAAAAAAAAACAAUGUCAAUCCGCUGUUUUACUGGUCAUGUUUCAAACUAUUAUUUGGCUCCACUGGCUACCUUAGAAAUGCUAACUGCUAGCAGUUUCCCCGUUUCCAGUCUUCAUGCUUAGCUAAGCUAAGCUAAGCUACCAAUCUCCUGGCUGCAACAUUAGCUUCAUAUUUAACAGACACGAGAGUCGAGAGUGGUGGUCCAGUUUCUCAUCUAACUCCCAGCAAGACUCUGAAUAGAGAAUCUGAAGUUGACAUUACACCCUGUUAAAUUUUUGGAAUGGGGGCGCCAUCUUGUGAGGUAGAUUUGGUAAGGCCCAGACACACCAAUCCAACAUCAAAGCAAUAGUACUGACGAAGGCCGACUGGUGCGUUGCCUCCUGAUGUCUGUGUCUCACCUAAAAAGUUGCACAUUAACACACUCCAAUGCUACAGUCAACCAGCACGUUUGUUCUGCACCUGCAUGAAAGGAAAUAACUCUCCAUACCAGCAGGUAACGAAAGUCUGUAUUCAUCACUGAUAAAGCGAGACCAGAAGACCGACAGGACAGGAGAACAAAGCAUAUUUUCUGCUUCUGCUAAAGAGCUCAAUGUCUAAAACAAAAAUCUUACGAUCUCACGCCAUCUUGAUUUUAGUAGGUUGUUUGUUUUUGUUAUUUCUGUUUCUCUUUUCAUUUUCUGUCGGGCUGUGACGCCAAAAAAAGCAGGCUUGAGACAGUGGUGCGGGACACACCGCAAAUAGGAGGGCGACAGAUGCUCACCGACAAUCCAACAUUGACCAACGGACGACCAAUGGCUUGGUUUGUCAGGGCCCUUACCUGCACCUGCCAUGGUGGUCACGCAACAGUAUUUGGGGGUACUACAUGACUCAUGGGUGAGGUGGGCACCCCGUGCAUAGGAGUGGCGUCCUUGCUGCGGUGGCCAUGGGUUCAGCUCCAGCUUGUGGCUCUUUGCUGCAUGGCGCCCCCUCUCUCCCCUUUCACACCUCACUGUCAAGGCAAAAAGCCCCAAAAAAUGAAAAUGUUGACACUGGAUUACAGACCCCGUUCCACUACCUCCCCUCACAUAUCCAGACAAUGUAAACAAUCUUGCUUUUAGACUGAGUGAGUACACUUUGGUAACAGAGAUAACAGUUUGUAGCUCUCAAGAUGGUGCCGCUGUCCCGCACAACGUGGUGUACAUCCUAUAGAUGCACAGAGCAAAAAAAAAGAUAUGUUAGGGGCAAGAAGUGCAACCCAACUACCAGAAAAAUAUUGCAUUGUACCUUUUUGCAAACCAUGGAUAAGUUACAUUUGUACAUCAUUUUGUAAUGGAUACAUUGUGUGUGUGUGGUCAGGUGUAGGCAAAAGAAAUCACUUGGUUAUGGAUAGGAUGAGAUGGCUUCAAACACUUAAAACUAAAAAACGUAAAAAACUCCCAGUUUUGGUGGCUCAAAUGGCACUGGGAAAUGCAGCAAUGUGCCACUAAAAACACCAAGGUUCGGCGCCACAAACCCUGGUUGAACGGCAUAAAACAACUGGUGGUGUUGGUCUGGAACAGCAGUCUACAAUUUGACAGGCGUCUCCCUUAGGUGUCACACCAUCCACCGUUCCCUCCAACGCAUGAUCACAAAUGUCAACAUUAGACACCUUGAUAUGAUACUUGAUAUGAAACCUGCGGGUGUACUGUGGCGUGGUUUGCAGAAAUGUACAACGCCAACAUUUUUUCUGGUGACUGGGCUGGAGAGUGACAGGAAAGUGACAUGAACACAUUAGGAGGGUUAAUGAGUGCAAACAGUGUUAAAGUGGGGAACACAGGACCCUCAAAAUAACGGCUAAGUGUUAGGUAUACGGAUUUUGUUAUCUGGAGGGAGCCAUGCUAGCUGUUUCCCUCCGUUUCCUGUCUUUAUGCUAAGCUAAGCUAAGCUAAGUGUCUCCUGGCUGCAGCAUUAGCUUCAUGGUCUCUUCUCGUUUAACUCUUGGUAAGAAACGGAAUGAGCAAGUUUCUCAAAAUGCUGAACUACUUUCCUAAAGUAAGAGUCCCACACAUUUCAGAAACCUUCACAUACGAUUCAUUUGAAUUAACGCUUUGUUUAAAUGUGAAUUUUGUGUAAAUGUAAAUGUUUUAUUCAAACGCAUUUGAGACGCUCAUACAAAAUACCAUAAUCCUACAAAAGUAUGUAGCAUAAAACAGAUUUUGAUGUACAAUAUAACUCUGGUAUGAAUUCAUUAUUUUGCUAAAUCUUACUUUUGUUUUUUAAGUGCAUGACUAUCAAGUCAGUUCAUACGUGGACCUGUUGCAGAGACUUCCCUCUAAUGAAUGAAGUGUUUCUGUUGGCUGGAUAAGCACAAACAUUGAAGACACUGGGGCAGAAGUUCAUAUUUUCACAAGUUUUUUUUCCCUACCAGCUCAUUUUUUGCACAAUAGUGGUUCUGUGUUUUAAUCUGGUUCAGAUAAGGACAGAUAACGGAGACGCUCUGGCUGACACAUCCGGCCUGGGAAUGUCACAUUGCUGAGCUGCAAUGAAAUGUAGUAAAAUCAAGUCCUUAAGGUUUUAAUAAAAAGAGGAAUCAUUUAAUAAAAACUCAUCUUCUGUAGGUCAGACAGAAAAGAAACAUUUGAACAUAUGAGCCAUGUUUGUGACACCAAUGACGAUAACAUAGAGUCUUGUCUUUAGUUCAAAGAAAAUAUAUUUUCUGUAACUUGAUGAGCCAUCUGAUAUGCUUAAUGUACAACUGCCUGUUUAUAUGCAAUAAUACUGUUCUAGGGUCAGUGUGAUGUAAAAUAGUGGACACUUUUUGUCUCUUUAUGUAGAUAUGAUGUGAUCAAAUAAACAAUUCUUUUAGAUGUC